CUAUGCCUGCAAGCUGUUCCGGGACGACGAGAGGGCCACGUACCACGAGCAGGGCAGGCACCUUAUCCCAUGGAUGGGGGACAAGAGCAUCAUGAUUGAUAGGUCGGUUUAACAAACUCACAAAGGGAAACUAUCUAACGCAUUCAUUGUUUUCCACAAGGACCAAAUGGAUGUUGUUUUUUUUUUUCCUUAAAUUGAAAAAAGUAGCUCAUUAGCAGGCCAACAAACACAUAAUGUGUCUGGCCUUGUGUUAUAACAAAGCUGAAGAGAGGAGAUGCGCUUUAUCUCUGUUUUAUUACAUUGACGAUAUAUUUAACUUGAAGAUGCAGAGUCCUGUCUUUGUAAAAGAAUUGUUCCGUUCUGACCUGUGACAGCAGUGCUCAUAGACUGCAUACGUGCCAAGACAGCCAGCAGAUUUUCCUAAACGUUUAUAUACUGUAGUUCCUUGUAUACUCAGAAAAAAAUGCAUACUGGGAUAUUGCUGGGAGAGCUAAAUUCUUCCCAGUGUUAACCAAUUUACUUGUAACAAUGUACAUUUUCCAUGCAUAAUUCUGUAUGGCUGUAUUAUUUUAAGCAUCUGUGUAUGAGUGUCCGUCCUGGUCAGUCUUUUGUUAUAUGUAUUUUAUCCCUUGGACUUCACAUACAUUACAAGGCUUAACCGUUUUCUCAUUUUACAAAUAUGACAAAGUGACCCUGCAUCUUAUCAAGUGCAUUUGCUCUGUCACACUUCCUACAUCAGCAGCUCCAUUCUUCAGUGUAACCGAUGAAUGGCCAACAUGGUUCUUUAUUAUAGUGUGUGUCCAAACUGAAGCAUUUUUGUGCUUCUUUCCAACCAUCUCCCCAAAUGCAAUGCUGUACAGCCCCAGCGCAAGUUACCCCCAAAUAGGAACACUUGGAGGGCUGUUUUAAGUACUCCUAUAUGUGGAUUUCUUGUGCAUUUGAAAUCGUUCAUCUCUUGUAAGAAAUGUUAUUUCUGGGGGUGAACAAGCUAUCUGUUGUUAAAGUGUGAUCAGAGCAAAUUCAAGAGCAUAAUUGAAUUCAGUCUGUAAAUUAAGGAGGUUCAUUGUCCUGAAAUCACAAUUUAAAUAAUCCCCUGUUGGCAUAUAUUUGAUAUAUUUUUUAGCAAUAUGAUGCCUCACCUAGUUAUGAACAUAAAGCUUUUGGUGGUUGAGGAAGCGCAACAGUAUUUUAACCAAAGACAAUUUGAUAGUAUAGCUUUUAAAGUUCUAACUAACCUAAAAAGGAGCAGGUUUUAACAUCUGACCUUUAUCAUUCAUUGUCAUACUGUUACCUUAAUUUCUCUUUCAUAAAAUAGUGGCAUCCUAGGUAUUUUAACAUCUUUAGGGCCUCUGUUUUAGUUAAUUGUUCUCUGUCUGAAAUGGGGUCAAAUCGGACCCCAGGCAUAUGUUAUUUUUUGACAAUUUUUUUUUUUUUUUUUACUUUAUAGUUCUACUGUCCUCUUUUAACCAAUUAAUAUACAAAAAGGUUUGCCUAAAUAUUUCCUAAUGUUCAUUAUCCAGGUUUGUAGAAUAAAUAAUUUGACCCGUUUUUUGGCAAAAACCUCAGAGUGAAAAAUAUUUUUAUGAUUACAGUAUGUGAUUUUUUUUUUGCCUUUUCAGCCUUGAAUAUUAAAAAAUAAAGCUGGAUUACUCUGACAUUAUUCCUAUGUUAGAAGAUAUUAAAUAUAGUAAAAGAUGAUGCCCUGUUAGUACUUUCUUUGUCCAGAACACAGUUAAAUAUAUUUGUGUGGAUUGAAAACCCUAAAUCAUUAAGGAUUCGUGUUACUUGGAGUAAAAAUAGCUCAUGUUAUAAAUCAUUCAAGCUAUUUAUCAUAAUUACUAGUUUGGUAUCGAGUAUAGGUGUUUCUUUUAAAAUAAAUAUGAGAAAAAUACAUAUUAAAGAAAAAUAACUAUGUUAAGUGUUUCCUUAAGUAUCUCAGAGGUAACAGUGAAAGUAUCUAAAAUAAAUACAGUGUUUAAAAAUGUUGGGUCAGACUUGACCCCUUUACAGUCGAUGUUGUUAGAUGAAAUUGCAGGGUUAAGAAGGUGCAAACUGCCUUUUCUCCACUGUCCUUAAAGCUCUGAACCUCCUUAAUCUGCAUGUCCCUGUAACUGUUUCCAAUGUGUAUGUGUGUGUCUCUCUAUUACAUAAUCCAGACUUAUUUCCCCAGCAAAAUGGCUAGGGGUCGAGCCUUAACCCCGAUUUGCCUCAUCAGUUCCUGCACAUUUCUUAUGGUGAAGAGCCCUGGACUGAGGUGGAAUAGCAGAGAGAACACAGGAAAAAUUCGCCCAUAUGGUUCUUUCGGAUAGGUAUGAUGGACGUGGUCAUUUGCAUGACCUGUCAGAAUAUGAUGCUGAUUCCUGGAAUCGAGACUACAAGCUGUCGGAGGAAGAGGCUAGAAUCGAAGCGCUCUGUGAUGAGGAGAGGUAUUUAGCCUUGCAUACGGACUUGCUUGAAGAAGAAGCAAGGCAAGAGGAAGAAUAUAAACGUCUAAGUGAAGCGUUGGCUGAUGAGGGUUCUUAUAAUGCAGUCGGGUUUCAGUACAGUGCUGAUUAUUAUGAUCCCUCACAGCCUACGGAGGAGGAAGAGACGUCAAAAGAGACUGUGGCAGAUCAGGAAGACAGUGAGGAACCUUUCAUUGCUCCAGCAGGGUUGUGCGUUCCUCCCGAUGUGGAACUGCCUGCUACAACGAAAAUGCAUGCAAUCAUUGAACGCACAGCCAGUUUUGUCUGCAAGCAAGGAGCUCAGUUUGAAAUAAUGCUAAAAGCGAAACAGGCCCGUAACUCUCAGUUUGAUUUUUUGCGUUUUGAUCAUUACUUAAAUCCCUAUUACAAGCACAUUUUGAAGGCGAUGAAGGAGGGAAAGUACAUCACUGCUGGUGAAGCCAAAGCUGAGGAGAAGACAAAAUGUGAGGCUGAUGACUCUGAUGAUGAUGACGACAAUGAAAAUGGAGACUAUUUACACCCCAGUCUGUUUGCUUCUAAAAAGUGUGACAGGCUAGAGGAACUAAUGAAGCCUUUGAAAGUAAUGGAUCCCGAUCAUCCUUUGGCUGCAUUAGUAAGAAAAGCCAAACAAGAAAACAGCAUGGCCGCUGCAAAGAUGCUAGAGGAACCUUUAACAGUGGCUUCUAAAGAAAAUGAAUACUCCCUAGACUCAACUGUAGCAACUGUCUAUUAUGGAUAUUACAUGUUGCCUGAUGGGACAUACUGUCUUGCACCUCCACCACCUGGAAUAGACGUCAACACAUAUUACAACUCCCUGCCUGCAGGAAUGUUACCUGCAGCUUCAGGUUCAGCUGCUACUUCUGCAGUACACAGCGCAACGCCACCUAUGUCUCCUGGGCAGGCAUCUACACAAACAACAGCUGCCACUACAAGUUCCCAGACUUCUGUUGCUGCCAUUAUUCCACCACCACCAGACAUUCAGCCUGUCAUUGACAAGUUAGCAGAAUAUGUUGCAAGAAAUGGUGCCAAGUUUGAGUCAAGUGUUCGUGCAAAGAAUGACUCUCGAUUUGACUUCCUGCAGUCUUGGCACCAGUACAACGCAUAUUAUGAAUUCAAAAAGCAAUAUUUUAUUCAGAAGGAGGGACUUGAUAAACCCAAGGUUCUUGCUGCCUCAGAAUCGGAAAAUGCUGCUGAUACGCCUGUUUUGCCUCAAGCAACAAACAGUCCAAGUGUUUCGAAUGCAGAAAAUUUGAUAACGGAAUCAACAAACCACUCUCCUGACAAAGCGGCUAAUGAGGGCAAACUAAUUAAAGCUUCUUUUGCUCCCAUAAGUUUUGCAAUCAAGGCAAAAGAAAAUGACCUGCUUCCUCUUGAGAAGAAUAGAGUGAAACUGGAUGAUGAUAGUGAUGAAGAGGAUAAAGAAGGACAGGAGAAUACCAGCAGUGUCGCAGCCAAAGAGUCACAACCCCCAGUAGUUGAAGAAAAGAAACCACAGCUUACUCAAGAAGAGCUUGAGGCAAAGCAGGCCAAACAGAAGCUGGAGGACAGACUAGCAGCCGCAGCCCGUGAGAAGCUUGCACAGGCCUCAAAGGAAUCAAAAGAAAAACAGCUGCAAGCAGAGCGCAAGAGAAAAGCUGCCCUCUUCUUACAAAACCUGAAAAGUCCUUUUCUUGAAGUAGACACAAGGAAACUGGAAGAAAGCUCUGCAUUAAUGGAGGAGGCUCUUGUUGAAAUUUCUCAUCAUGGCGGAAUGAAGCAGCUCUCCAGUGCCACAUGUCCUGAAAUUAAUAUUGUACCAGCUGCUCCUACAGUGGUAUCAAAAGUUGUACCUGUUUUGGAAUCAAAGAUAACAGAGCGUGAUAUGGAUAGAAAUAAAGUACACUCACAUGUGCAUGAAAAGGAGAAGAAAAAGAAAAAGCAUAAAAAACGGUCUAGAUCAAGGUCUCCUUCACACUCUCGAUAUCGUUCAAGGUCACGGUCACGGUCUAAAGCCAAGCAUUCUCUCCCUAGCGCAUACCGGACAGUAAGAAAAUCAAGGUCGAGGUCAAGGUCUCCAAGCAGAAGACAGCCUCAUUCAUCAGAAAGAAAGCGAGAAGAUAGAGAAAAGGAUCGAUGCGUCCCUAGCGCGUAUCGGAUCAGCAAUAACCCUGCUUUCAGCAAGAAAAGGUCCAGGUCAAGGUCUCCACAUGAAAGGAAAAAGAAGAGAAGUUCAAAGUCGCAGAUUAAAUCUAAAGUUCAAUCCCGAUCACCUUCGUCCUCUCCAAAACAUACAUCUAAUAAUAAGCCAUCCUCGGCACAUUCUACCAGUAUAUCUCCUGCAGAAAGCAGAGGUUCCAGUCAAGAACGAUCGAGCAGGGGGGAUUCUCAGGAAAAAGAAAAAGAAGUUUCUUCAGCAAUUGUGUCAUCAGUGCAGUCUAAAAUCACUCAGGAUCUGAUGGCAAAAGUGAGAGCAAUGCUGGCUGCUUCAAAAGAUUUACAAACAAGCACAUCCUAGGAAAAAAAACACUCCCAAAUUGACAACCAGUGCAAACGUCAGGAUACUGCUUCACAUGUAUGAGGAUCAAGGUUAUGUUGCAGCUAGAGGCUAAUGCUCCAAAGGGGAAAUGCAGCUGCAGGUUUUUCACUGGUGAAUAGCAAUGUGUUGUACUGCCCAACCCGAGGAAAAGCAAAUCUUCAGAGAGGAUAUGCCUUGGACAGUUGUAGAAGUUGAUAUUUAAUAAAGCCUACAUCCGUCCUCUCAGAGUAUUUAAACUGGAAAAGUAAGCCAAAAUCUUCACGCAUGCCUCCUAUGAAUGACAAGCCUUCUCAGAUACUGAUGUAAGAAUGGAUUCUUAUUCCACAUGUGGCACUUCACCUGUAUAGCUAUAAUCAGGAUGUACAAAAAUACUUGCCUAUAUGAAGAUCUCCAUGAGGUGAUAAUUUCAAUGUUUAGUUUGAAAGUUAUUCUUUCUGACAGUUUCUCAACAUCCAGAUGAGGAAGGAAAAGUUUCAUCCUUCUGUGAAGGAGUAAUUUAUUAUUUCCAAGUUCUGUUUUUUCUUAGGUUUUCUUACCACUGCUGUACUAUCUUUACAUGAUGCAUAUUUGUAGGUUUGUACAGAAUAUAUUGGUUGUGCCAGUUUCUAGACUUUGUCAAUAAACUUGUAACACAA